AUGUCUCGCUAUCUUUGGGGCAUUGCACAAAUUGUGAACGAUCCGUCAGCGGAGUUGUUAAAUAUAAUUAAAAGCCGCAUAGCAAGCCACACCCAAGAAAAUAUUCCAGACUCCAAUAAUUCAGCCGAAGAAGUAAUACUUAAAAAGAACAAAAGUGUCCAAGUUUGUACGUUUAAUCCCGAAUUGUCGGAUAAAAAGCCAAUCGAAGUGCAAUCGAAACUUAUACAAGUUAGAUCACGUACAAAACUUCGACAAAACAUGUCGAGCCAGUGUGACCCAUUAAACGACUUUCAAAGCAAAGCCACGAAUACCGAACACAUAUCUACAAUUGACUGCGGUACUUCUUGUGAUAUCUACAAAUUUCCAAGAAACGCAAAAACUGAUCCUAUGAAACACAAAGUCUGUUCGGAACAUCGCCAAGUAUUUAACAUUCUCGAGAAUUGGUCAGAUAGUAGAAUGCAAUCAAAUGAGACAUCGGAUAUUAACAGUUUGUGGUUGAAAAUAAAAAACAAUUUGAAAUGGUUUCAAAUUAAGAAAAUUGAGAGUUUACCUGAAUACUAUCAAACGGACAAACAUAGUAUUGUUCUGAUGUUGUAUACACGUGUUAAUUUCAAGUAA